AUGAGUAACCAACCAUGGCUUGACAGUUUGUCGGACGACUGGCCAUCUCUAGCGCCCAACAGUCCUGUACCUGUUCCUGCCUUACCGGAGUCGCCUAAAACCAGCCAGCAGGGAACUCCUAGUCGCAUUCCUAUGCCCGCGCGGCGUUCCCAAGAACAACAAUCACCGGGAAGCAACAAAAAGGACAAGGUUACCCGACCAUGUCAUUUCCAUAGAAGAGAACCUCCGACGCCGAAGACCCCCCAACCAUUCAAAACACGCAAACCACGAUCGCCUGCCCCUGGUAGUUUGAAAUACAGCCCUCCCAAGACCACCCCAGGGCCCUACGCCAAGGAAAAUCUCAAGGCCAGCCCCAAGCCGACGGGUCGCAGACAGCCCUCAAUGGAUGCGCGCUCCCCUCUACGAUCGGUUUCAAACGCCUCCAGAGCCUCCUCCACAACUUCCGAAUUCGACGGUACGGUUCAGAUCAAAUCGAAGGGCAAGGACGCAAAAGAGGGUACCCCGGAAUGGCGCAGACGACUAGUGCGCGGGGAAAUCGCUGCUGGCGAGCAACGCGACCUGUUCGCGCCGAUAGGUCUCGAAACCGUGUUCAAGCCGCCCACACCCCGUGCUGAAACGGAAACGGCACAACAGGCCUCUACUCCCUUUACGAAACAGGACGACAAUCUGUGGGAUUUCGCCGGUACAUCUUCGCGACAAAAUAGAGACGAACAUAACAGUCGCGAGGAUGAUCUCGAACGCGUCGCCAAUGAGGAUGUAAGGGACCAUGGCGACCAGUCGCCGGAAGGAACGGUCAAUCGCGCUCCUUGGGAGAAGAAUGGGGGCCUGGACGUGGAUUGGGAUCAGGAAGGGCUCUCACAAUCGGGGAAUACACAACUACGGACUGCUAGUGGGUUGGAAGAUCUGCGCAAUGAAGGAAUCACACCCAUAACCUUCUCCCGCAAUAACACUGUUGAUGGCAAUGGGACUUCGGAAGUCAUCAAGUCCGCGCUGAAGCAGGUCACCAACAAGUUGGAAAGCCUGUCUAUCGAAAAUGAUAGUCGCCCGGACUCCGCUGCAAGCGAUAGCUUCCUCUUUUACAACCACAGUGAACCUAAUGCGGACGGGUCUCCACGAGAUGACAGCUUGCUGGACGCGACAAGUCAUUCUCUACCCCGGGAUCUGUCUAUGGGGACGAUGGACUUCAGCAGUCGGCGAAAAAACCGCUCCUUCCCUCGGCGAUUCUCCCCUUCGCCCUUUCCUUCCCACCGUUUGUCCCCCAUCACCCUCGCCAACUCUAAAAUCCGCAGUUCACCUCUGUUCAACCCCCCUCACAAGACCACGUCACCUGGUCUACCGCAUCCUUCCUCGUCUCAUGUCCGGCCGGCCACGGCUGGAGCAGAGAAUGAGGCCAAAAUGCCGUCAUCAGGAAGUCCAUUGAAGCUGUUCGGUGACCAUGACACAUUCACUAAUAACAGACUUCUCCGGCGCAUGAGCCAGUUUGAAGACAAUUUCAGUGACACAUCAGAAGGAGAUGAGCCCCCUUCGCCCUCGGAGGAAGCGCGACGAAAAGGCGAGAGCCGCAGCUUUUUAAAUUCGAGACACGAGCCAUUGCAGGAGAUCUCCCCUCGGCGAAACGAACGUCUUGGAUCUCGCAAUGCUGUAAAUCGAAUCAACCAAUUUGGGGGUGGCGAGUUGGAUACAUUUGAUUUCUCAGACACUAGCCCCUACGAGCACAAAUUGGUGUACGAUGAGGCCGGAGGGUUUGGGUCCCGCCCAUCUUCACGCAAGCGAUCGUCAGCCCGGCAACAAUAUCUCCGUGGCCCCUCACAGCAAGGAUUGUAUCAUUACAGCAGAUCAGCGAGCUCAGGAUUCACUAGGAAACCAUCUGCCUGGAUGCGCCAGGAUUUCUUUGAUGAUGUGCGACACGGGAAUCGGCCCAAUAACAAGGAAAAUAUGGCCCUUGAUGUCAAGCGAGUGCCCCGGGCCCCCGGCAUGGAUCCCACACCAAAACGGCGCCGGACAAUCAUGAGAAAUAAUAGCUCCGAACCCAAACAGAAUGCCGGCGGUUCAUCUCAGAAGUAUGGCGACAUGUCGCUGUUGCAACGAAGUCUUAUGCAACACGGUGUACAGCUCGACAAUAGUGACUACCUUGCUCCACCAGGCCCUUCUCACUCAAUGCAGCGACCUCGAACACCUACACCAAGCCAAAUACGAACAGAGGGCGAAAGCCAUAUUUCACUGCACAGAGAUUUCUCCGAAUCCAAUUUCGACAAUAAUGAUUAUUCUGAUUCUUUUUCCCUUGAUGGUGACGUUCCAAUAGUGAAGAUUACUGGGACCAGCGAUACCUCACGAAAAGGAUCUAUCACCACUCAGGAUUAUUUAAACGAAGCCACUAAGAUCAUGGAUCUCAUCAGAUCCAAAGGACGAGGCGCAGCUGGAUUGUCAAGUCUGCAUGAGUCUGACGUGGAAAGUGAAGGCGACGACUUCAGCGACGACGACGAAUCCACCCGGGAAGCGUUUUCUCGCCCUCCGAGCCGCGACGGAACGGAUCUUCGCAAGUUGAGAGAGGUGAAGGAGGUGAAUCCAAUGAUCCUGAGUCACCUGAAAAAAUACCAGGAACAAGAUGACCCGAAUGACCGAGAAAUGUCCCUGCAUGCUCGCCAUGGCCAGGACGAGGGCCAAACCGAGAUCGGUGAAUCCAACUCACAGCUCAUCCGAUUACAUGGACCGAGGAAACGAAAGACUAGUGGCAUGACUGAUGACACGGCGGAAAACAUCGCCCAUGAUCUGAUGACUAUCAACACACAAAUGUCCGGGUUCAGCGCCACCUCCGUACCCACGGGCUCUUCACAAGGUUCCCACGUCAAGGGUAUGCUGGCUUCUGAUCUUGUAGCCCACCUGAUCCCGAAUGAGGUUAAUGGCUUCAAGUAUGACCGAUCGAAGAAUCAAUGGGUGAAAGAUGAGGCAGAAGAACCACAUGCACCAAUCUCCGAACCCGCCUCGGAGGCUGAUGAUCCAUUCAAAGAUAUUCCGGAUCUCACUGUAGACGAGCUCCAGGAGAUGUUGAGAGUCCAGGGUCUCAAUUCUCCUACAAAGACCGACGUCCCAACCGAGCGAGAGCAAACCAAGGCCCGCAGUCCUUUGGCUGCGAACACAUCCCCGAAGAAACCCGAUGUUCGACCACACACCAGGGAUGGAGAACCUUCUCUUGGUGCAAGCUCGGUUCAAUCAAGAUUCACUCGCUUCACGUCCAGUGUUCCUAACACGGGGACAAGAGCUACAUCAUGGGGCACAGACGAAGCCGCAGAAAGGAAAAUCUCCGAGCAAGGAAAACUUGAAGCUCAGCGCGACGAGCCAUUGUCCUCGAAGAAUCCCCGAUCUCUAGGGAAACAAGCGCGUGUCGCAACAGUGAAUCUCUCAUCGCCCCUUUCGCGCCCCUCUUCUCGGGGUGAGCCUGAUAAUGGCCAGUCCGACCCGACCGCGAAUCACACCUACCACGGAAUUGUGCCAGUCGAGGAUUCAGCCCCAGCGGACCACGAAAAUGGAUCAACACGGUUAUCCGUUCCUCCCACGGGGCGUCAAACUUCAGUUGGUGGCCAGCCGUUUAUUCGACGUCCUAUCUCGAGGAUUGAGGAGAGAAACGAGGAGACCGUCAAUGACCAAAGCCUUGUGCGCAGGAAUGACUCACUUGGUGUCCGAAAGACACCAGCCAGAACCGAGGCAGAGCAUUCUUUGAUACCUCUCCAAAGUGCCGGGCCUGACACGAGCUACAGCUUCCACCUCAGUCCACUUGCGGACUUUACCGUCCACCAAGCUGAUAAACCCCUGAACCUUGAAAUGAGCUAUGUGGCUCAUCGUACAAACCCUUCCUCUUUGCGACAAGUGCACGGGACUUUCGCAUUGGCAACUGAAGAUUUGAUCAAGCAUAUUACUGACGUGGAACCAUAUGAGCCUUAUUGGGAACACGUGCGCCGCCUUGUCUUGCGCAAUAAGGGUUUGAUUACGUUGCACAAGCUGAACGAAUUCUGUCCCCGCCUGGAAGAGUUGGAUGUUACUGAUAACGACAUUGGUCAAUUGAGUGGCAUCCCCUCAACCCUGAGAACCCUCAAGAUCCCUCGAAAUUGCCUCUCCAACCUUACUCCAUGGGGUCACAUGAUCAAUUUGCAGUAUUUGGACGUUUCAGGAAAUGAUAUCGAGACGUUGGAUGGCUUCGCAAGUUUGAUUCAUCUCCGGGAACUGAAGGCCAAUGACAAUCAGAUCCGCAACAUAGACGGGAUUAUUUAUCUUAAUGGUUUGCUAAGCCUGAAGCUGAGCAACAACUCUAUCACUACUGUGGAUUUCGAAGGGUCCGAGUUGACACGCCUUCGUGAUCUUGACUUGAGCCACAACUGUCUAACAUCUGUCCGGAAUGUCGAAUGGCUUCCGUCACUUGCCACUCUCGAUGUUAGUGCCAAUCAGAUCAGCGGCUUUGACUCGUCUGCUUCCCUUAUUAGUCUCCGCGCCCUGCGACUCUCUGAAAAUAGAUUGGAGGCUUUAGAUGCACGAGCUUUCCCUUCCGUGAGCCUUCUCUACCUUGAUCAAAACCACCUUUCUACCGUUAUUGGCCUUGAGAAUUGUCACAAUCUCGAGGUACUGUCUCUCCGAGAGCAGACAGCGUCCAAAGAAGCGUCUAAAGAAAAGAAAAUUGAACACAGGUUAGAUAUUGACUUGGGACUUGUCAAGGAUGUUCGCAAAGUCUUUUUGUCUUCGAACAAGCUUUCCGACCAAAGUGUCUGCCCUUCUGCUCCGCUACUACGACUUCAACUUCUCGAUCUAGCUGCAUGCACAUUGAAGAGUCUCCCGGGUGAUUUUGCUUUAAGCUUCCCGAACCUUAAAGUCCUAAAUCUGAAUUUCAACUCGGUUGAUGAUGUGGAGCCACUGAUUGGAAUGAACUGCCUUGCUAGACUGAUGAUCGUUGGCAAUCGUCUCUCAAGGAUGAGAAGAAUCUGUCAGAUUCUCAGUCGACUAGGAAAAACCGGAAAAGGAACUGCAUGUUCUUUGCGCAAGCUUGAUAUCCGUGGGAACCCGCUAACUGUUGGCUUUUACCCCCCAGCGGUGACUGGGAGUGGCAAUUCGGAUCGCAAGAAAUUGAAGUCGCAAGAACAAGCAGUCGUCCGACACCAAGGGACCCACCGGGACCUUUCUGAUGCUCUAGCUGAUCUGGGGAACGAUGACCAGAGCUCUCACCGUGCCACCGUGGGCGAUCAGCCGACAGACAGAGACCCCGAAGUCGACGACCCAUACACACUUCCGUUCGCUGACCCGCAAGCGGAUGUGAAGUACUUAACGCACCUCGAUCAGUCCACACGUCUACGCCGAAGAGUGCUAGAGCUCUUGCUCUACGCCGGCACGAGUGGCUCUCUCCACACCCUCGACGGACUAGACCUUCGGCCCUCGCUGGGCGACGAGUCCUCCGACAUGAACAAGGCGUGGGACAGAUUGGAGAAUCUUGGUGUAUUGCGGAGGAAAGCGAUCAAAAAUUAG